AUGGAAAAUAUUCAAUUUAAAGAUUAUCUUGCCGUCAGUCGGCUUGUUUUUGAGUGGGCCGACAGCUAUGACAGCAAAGACUGGGACCGACUUCGCAAAAUUCUGGCACCAAGUCUGAUGAUCGACUACACCAUCGUCGGCCACAAAUGUUUCCCCGACAUGGAAUCGGAGGAAUUUGUCUCCAUGAUGAGUUCCCCGGACUUCCUUGGAGACCCACUCGUUAAAACUCAGCAUCUGAUGGGUGCUGUUGGAUACGAGUGGGUGUCUGACACCGAAAUUAUUGCCACCCAUCAGAUCCGAGCAGCACACCAACGUUACGAAGAUCCCGAUCUUACCACUGUUGCAUAUCGAGGCCAUGGAAACUCCACUGUCACACAUUGGUACAAGAAAAUCAAUGGUGACUGGAAGCUCAGUGGUGUGCGCCCAAAAAUCUAUUGGAAUGAAUACGACUUUGAUAAAAUCUUUCCCAAUCUUUCCGCGGAGCAUUGA